GCUAGAGGUCCAGGGAUGCGUGGAGGAAACAUGGCAGCCAUAUCACCGCCGGAGUCUCCAAAACGACAGGACUCCCCGCUGGAGGAUGUUCACACAUUUGGGAGCAGUACUGACACACUGGAACUAAAAGGUUGCUCGGACCAGACGGAAGAAUUCCUUUUUUUAAAUGCCGGAGUAAGCCAAUAUAGGAAAAACUGUGAACAUGUUGACAACGAAAGAGUUUCCGUUCCCAGCCAUUCUGAGGUAAUUGAGUAUGAGGCUAAAGGCGACCAAACAUCAUGUAAGUCACCGAAGGACGGAGUAUUGGAGCCAAAAAUGGCCGAGUCUCCAGGAGGUGAGCAGCCGGCUUUCGAUUGUUCCGAGACAGAAGACUCCAGCGGCGAAGAGUCCCACUCUCACAAGGAGGAAAACAGCAAGUAUGAGACUACACAGACUGUGUGGCCAGAAACGUCCAAUGAAACGCGUCCUGAUGCAGAGGAAAUUCAAGAGAAGGAAGAUUCCUGUGUUGAUCAGCCAAGCUCAGGAAAGGAACUAUCUGAGAACCAAGUGGAAAAUGUGGACUUGGAUGGGGUUGAAAACAACGGCCAGCACGCUGAGUUAACAUCAAAGCCAAAAAAGUGUCGUUUGGAGUGCAAAGAGUGUGGAAAGCGCUUCACCCGGCGUGAAAUGUUCUACCUUCACCGCCACUAUCAUGCUCACAAGGAUGAACUCAUGCCGCUCACUUGUAAAGAAUGCGGCCUAUCAUUUAGUGACCGCAGGAGCCUUAUGAAACACAGACAUGAACAUAAAGAGAGGGAGGAGCCAAAGUAUGAAGAGGAGAGUGGUUUUCAGUGUGCAGAAUGUGAGAAGAUAUUCUCUUCAGUGCGAAAGCUGCGGUCCCACAAAUGCAUCGAAUCAGAUGACAAGCCUUUCCGCUGUACACUGUGCCGUCAGGAGUUCCAAUCAAAAGUGUCUAUAACCAAGCACAUGUUGAACCACUCGCUGGAUGAAGGCUUUAAAUGUAAAGAGUGUGGUAAACGCUUCCCAGAAUACAGGAUCAUGCGUGUCCACCAACGAUGUCACCCUAACUUUAAACCCUAUGAAUGCCCCGAGUGCGGCAUGGUUUUUAAAUACCAAUCUGUCAUGGAAGACCACCGUCGCAAGCACACUGACAAGCAACCCCCUCACCUGUGCAACAUUUGCGGUAAGACUUUCAAGUACAGCGGUCUCUUUCAACAGCAUCAGUAUCUGCACACCGGUGAGAAGGCCUUCAGCUGUCCUGAAUGUGGUAAAAAAUUUGCUUUUGCUCAGAAUGUGAAGGCACACUGUCGCCUGCACAGACUGUGCCAAACCAACCCACUUCCCUUUAGUGAGCAGCCCACCAAGCAGACCCCUGUGUCCGCACCGGUGCAAAGGAAAGAGAAUGCACACCAGAGUGAAGAACCAAAACACACUUUUAACUGUCCUCUUUGUCCCCAGACGUGCAGCACCCCAGCCAACCUGAGAGCCCACAUGCUUAUUCAUGAGGUGGAGUAUGAGACACUGGAGAGAAGCACAGAGACGCCUCCAGAGGUUAAAAAGGAAUUGCUGGUGAGGAAUCGGGAGGAAGGAUUGCUUUCUGACCUACACCAGACCCGUGUUCAAUGGAAGGUUGACGGUGAAGAAGUGAUACCUUUUCAGUCAUCACAGCACUUGCAAGCGUUUGCCAGCCCACGACAAGAGAGACCCUCUGAAUCUUCUGCACAGAAAAGAUCCAGCCCCUCACGAGUGGAUGAGCUGUCUGCGCCCAGAGCUUCUUUUUCUGCUUCCUCUGAUUCUUUGCAAGUAGGCUCUGCUGGGUCAUCAUCCUUCAUGAAUGGUGCGGUGUUGUGGAGUGUCCAACCUCCUCAUUUUGGUCAAGAGCUACAGUCACUUAAAUUGUCCACAGCUCUGGUGCCAACACAAACACGGGAGACUUCCACGCAAGCACUAUCGCUGACUGUUAACCAGCUUGAGAAGUCCCAGAUAGAUGCUGAGGCGGACAAGCAGAGAGCUGAAUGCAUAGUAGGUGUACCAACCACAUCUCAGAUAGACCAAAGCAGCCCCAUGCCACUAUUGACUCCUGUUUCUCAAGGGGCAGUUCGUUCCUUGUGGGACAUUCAAGCCCCACUAGGGAUUUCAGGCAAAAUGAACUUACCUGUGAAGCAGGCAGCAGUAACGGCAGCAACUUGGACCAAUAUACAGAGUCAAAAUGCCACACGGCAACUUCCCAUCCCCUUCCAUCCCUUUGGCCAGGGGAUAGGCACUGCAGUCUGGGGCUUCCAAAAUAAUCCUUCUCUUCUCACUGGACAGCUCAAACCAGGGAGUGCACAGGAGCUACAGCAGCAAACUUUGGUCGCUGGCAGUCAGAUCAUCCUCAAUCCGCCAACCCCCUUCUUCUCACCACCACUCACCCCACUCUCUGCACUGGCUUUGUCUGGCACACACCCUCUUCACACUGUCGCCAUCAAUGCACUACAGAGACCACCCCACCCAAAUAUCUUCUUUACCCCGCAGGGUGUCAUGACCGAGAGGCCACCCAUGCCACAAACCCUCCCCCUAUCUCAGCUAACCUCACAGGCUGAUGCUCACAAACUCGGAGUUUCCCAUUUGCCCUUUUCACCUGACCGACUCAUGCAUUGCAUGAUAUGCGGCAUCUCUUUCCCACAGGAACUUGAUCUACAAAUGCAUUACUUACAACAUGCACAAGGACAGAUUUGACUUUUCUAGUUUCGAUUUUUGUUUCAUCUAUUAUUCUGACUCUCGCUUGUGCAUUUUGAAUGGGCAUUGGAUGUGAAAAACCUAAAUUAGACUGCACACUUUUUUUUAUUUCACUCACAGUUAGACUACAAAUACCAUUGGUUUAGCUUAUACUGUUGAGACUAAAGGUUUAAAUAAACUGUAAAAAAAAAAAAAAAAAUUUAACUUUUUUUUUCUUCUCACUUUUUGAAAUUAAAUUAGUUUCAACUUUUGCUUUAGAUAGUCAGGAUUAUCCAUAUUAUAUCUUUAAAGCUGCAGUUAUUCAAAAUAUAAUAUUUUACAAUGUCAGAAGUUAACAUACAUUUCCUUAGUAUUUAGUAGCAAUGCCUAAAGUAUGACUUGGGUCAAGAGUUUUGGUAAUCUUUCCACAAGCAACUCUCAAAAGUUUGCUGAACUUCAGCCCCAUUCUCACAGAUAGAACUGGUGUUGCUACAUCAGGUUUCAAAUCAAACCACAAAUAUUCUAUAGGAUUGAGUUUAGGGAUUUAAGAUGGCCAUUCUAAAACAUUACCUUUGCUGUCCUUAAGCCAUUCUGUAACUUUGUCAUGUAUUUUUCUCUUUGUUACAGCAAAGAUUAACCAACUCAGACCUGGACAUUAUUAAUAGAAUAAUAAGAGUUAAGAGAAAGAAUCAUAAAAUAGCUACACAAAAGAACUACACUGUGAACGCACAUGUCUGAAAACCAGAAAUUAUGCAAUACAUGUCAUUAUCCACAGGAGGAGAGGAGUCUAUUGCCUGACACAUGUUUUAAAAUGGUUGUAUCACAAUUCAUGUGCCAAACUACAUAUUUUGAUAUAAAUUGUUAUUGCAGUGCGCUGCAAUGUAUAUCGCAAUAUUGUUUUGAGGCCACAUAGCCCAUCCAUAGUUCUGGGAAGAUAUAUUAUUUUUGUGGGACACAUAAUCUGUCUCAUUCCUAAACAGUACGAUGACUGGAUAUUCCCAUGUUUGUAAUUGUGAAUUGAACAGAUGAAUGUGGCACCUUCAAGUAUCUGGAACGAGCACUCAAAAAUAAACUACCGUAUUUUCCGCACUAUAAGGCGCACCUUCAAUGAAUGGCAUAUUUCAAAACUUUGUUCAUAUAUAAGACGCACCGGAUUAUAAGGCGCGCCUAUGGAUCCAUUAGAUGGAGCUGCGCUAAAGGGAAUGUCAACAAAACAGUCAGGUCAGUCAAACUUUAUUAAUAGAUUACAAACCAGCGUUCUGACAACUCUGUUCACUCCCAAAAUGAAUAAACAGCUGUUUUGUUAUUUUCCCUGAGGUAAAGUCAGUGACGUGGUGUUUUGUUUAUCUUUUAACAACAGCAAGGUAUAACAUGUAGUGCAACAUUUAUAUCACAUAGUGGAGGGGAACUUUUCCCUGAAUCAAUAAACACGUAAAAAACAGUGAUACUGUUACGGUAAAUCAAACGUAAGUGCAAUCACAAUAUAGUAACACUCGAAAUAGUGCAUAGCAAUAACAAUAUAUCAAUAACUCAACGUUGCUCAAACGUUAAUGUCACACAACACACAAAAUAAACAUGUAAAGCUCACUUUAUGAAGUUAUUCCUCAUCCACGAAUCCCUCAAAUUCUUCUUCUUCAGUGUCCGAAUCCAACAGUUGGGCGGAUACGGCAUCCAACAUGCCCGGUUACGUCUCGUCGAAGUCGUCGUUAAUCGAGUCAGUGUCGCUGCUGCUCUAUUCCCGUGUUCUACUGCGUGACUGAUUGUCUUAAGUUUAAACUCUGCGUCGUAAGCGUGUCUCUUAAUAGGAGCCAUUUUGGGGUCUUUACAUAAACAAACAAAUGGAAAUCAAAACGGCACCCCUCGCGCAGUCAUAUCCCAGCAUGCACUGCGCGCUUCUUCUUCUUCUACGGGGGCGGCUGCUUACCGUAGAAGAAGUUUUCUACGGUAGAAGAACUUCUUCUACGGGGGAAAAUGAAGUUGGCGGCUGCUUACCGUAGUUGCGAGAUCUAAACUUUAUGAAAAUGAAGUUUAGGUUUGUUGUGGCUCAAUAUUGGUCCGUAUAUAAGGCGCACCGGAUUAUAAGGCGCACUGUCAGCUUUUGACAAAAUUGGAGGUUUUUAGGUGCGCCUUAUAAUGCGGAAAAUAUGGUAGACUUGUGGAGCUCCACUGUUCUCUUCCUGAUAUCUUGGCAUCAUUUUUAGAUUUUCCCACCAUAAUGUCAAACAAGAAAGCAGUGUGUUUGAGGUGUUGCCCUAAAUUACAUGCACACAUGUACCUCCAUUUAAUCAAACCAAAUGCUUAAAAAUAUUAUCUCUUUAAUUAUUGCAGCAUUUAUCAAAUAUGGUUUUACGAAUGCAGCUGAGAUAAGCUGCAGCACCCCCCUGACCUCAAACGGGGCAAGCGGUAGAAAAUGGAUGGAUGGAUGGGUUUUACUAAUUCUAACUGACCCAAAACAUGAAAAGCUUAGUCUGAUUUAAUGUCAUAUUAGUCCUUUUUACAGUGUAUGUUAGCUUCUGAUUUCAAUUCUGUAUGUAGUAGUUUCACUUUGUAGAAUAAUAAUAAUAUGCCAUUUCAACCUGAACCAGUGGGAUUCUACAUUGCAUUUCAUUUGAUGUCAAUGUUAGAUUUAAAACAUUUUUAACUUAGUUUUGUUCCAUGUUCUAAACUGUUGUCCCCAUGUACAGUAUACAGUGUGCCUUUUUAUGAGUAAAGUCUGCAUGUCUGCUAAGGUUGGUAUUCAAUUCUGCCUAGUUCAUACUCAGACUGAACAAUGACUUCACUCUUUAGAACUGUCCUCCAUAUACACUGAAAACAUCACUAUCGAACUACCUGUCCUCCAUAUACACUGAACACAUCACUAUCGAACACCUGUCCUCCAUAUACACUGAACACAUCACUAUCGAACACCUGUCCUCCAUAUACACUGAACACAUCACUACCCUCGCAAUUAUCAUGUUUAGGACUCAAUGUUCAUCAUUGGUAAUGUUCUCAUGGUGAGUUGAGAAAACAAAGUAUGCUAACACAACUUGUGAAUAUCCAAUCAUAACAAGGUUCUUAUUUUAAGUAAUGUUUUUAGAAGUUACUUUAUAAAAGUAGCAAGUAAUUUAUUCACCUCUCAUUUACCAUUUCAACAAGGAACAGCUAUUGUUUCAUACAAAUAAUGCCACUGAUAAAUAUAAUUUUCAUAAAUGCUGUAUAAUUUUAAAGUACAUCACUGUUAAACUAUUGUUUGAACUGACACCACUCUAACACCACAAGAUUAAAGAAGGUGAAAAAUAGGACAUGACAUGCUACCUCUGUCCUUUGUUUUUGCAUUGAAUAAAAGUCUUCCUGUGAUAUCUUUACAUUGAUUUGAAUAAAAUAUGGUACGUUG